AUGCUUAAAUUCAAGAGCACUGAUGAGCGACGUUUGUUCUGGAUGCAAGAUGGUAGAACGGAUAAGGAUGACGAACACUGUAAAAAGGUGAACGAUCUACUCAAUAAUCCACCCGCACCUCGAGCGGGUGCACGUGGAAGUUCGGAUCGAGUUGGCGCAUCAUCGUUCGGCGGAUUGGCCGCAUUGGGUGGAACAGGCGCGGAUAGUGACUUGGGGGCGCUGUCGCAUUUGGACCCGAAUCAAUUGAUGCGU